GUGCGGGGAGACGUCAUGGCGGCACCGCCCAAUGGAGGGGGGCAUGACCCCGCUCCCUCCGCCGGGCCUGGGCCUGGGCCGGCGCCCGGCGCUGCCUGCACGGCUCCAUUCCCACCCGCGCCCCCCCCGCUCAUCCCCAUCGUGGUGGAGCAGACGGGCCGGGGCGAGCGAGCGUACGACAUUUACUCGCGGCUGCUGCGGGAGCGCAUCGUCUGCGUCAUGGGGCCGAUCGAUGACAGCCUGGCCAGCCUGGUGAUCGCCCAGCUGCUGUUCCUGCAGUCGGAGAGCAACAAGAAACCCAUCCACAUGUACAUCAACAGCCCCGGCGGCUCGGUGACCUCGGGGCUGGCCAUCUACGACACGAUGCAGUACGUGCUGACGCCGGUGUGCACGUGGUGCGUGGGGCAGGCGGCCAGCAUGGGCUCGCUGCUGCUGGCGGCCGGCGCGCCCGGCCUGCGCCACGCGCUGCCCAACGCCCGCAUCAUGGUGCACCAGCCCUCGGGGGGGGCAAGGGUACGGGACCCCCGCCCCUGGGACCCUCACGGGACCCUCACGGGACCCCCGACACCCCCUGUGCCCCACACGGGACCCUGACCCCACCCUGUGCCCCACAUGGGAGCCCUGCCCC